CCCGCUUCAUCGAUUCCAAUCCCUUCGAUCGUGAUAAGAAUAAUUUGCAAGAUUGCUGCUACUAAAAUGGAGAAACAUGGUUCCACAUCCGCCUAUCCAACCACUUCCACCAAUCCCUAUCCAUACGAUACAGCCCAUGUGAGCGAGUUACUCAAGCGCAAGCGUCGCAUGCGCGGCAUCAGAUCGUGUUUUCCUUGUCGACAUCGCAAGGUUCGGUGUGAUGGGAGCUUGCCAUGUGUGAGCUGUGUGAAAAGGAGUCAUCCUGAGCUUUGUCGUUUACCGGGACGAGCCAAUGAUGUUGGUGAUGCGGUUAGUCCACAAGAGGAGAGGUUGAGCGAGGAGAAUGGGUCUGGACAUAACCUAGAGCAUGGCAAUGCGGCUUCUCAAUACAAUCAAUCCAACGCCCUAUCAAUCGACCUCAUGAUAGCCCGGCUCUCCAAAAUCGAAGACCAGAUCUCUUCGCUCAAGGCGGAUCUACUUAACUCACGCACUGAUUCACCGUCUUCCGCAACCUCAAACCAGUAUUUGAAUGCUUCUUUUAAUCCCAACCCUAAUCUCCCAUCCAGCUCUAACAGAUCACCUGCAAUGGGCAAAUUCUCUGGCAAACACUUCGUGGAAGAUGCCACAGGCGCAACUAUCUUCCUUGGGAGUCACUCUGAUAUCCCUGCGGCACUGGGCUGUAGAAAGCCCUCUCGGGAUGUGUCUAUCACUGAUACACUGGUGUUGGAUCAACUUGUACCUCGAACUUAUCCGUUUACUUCGCUUUGGGGACCGGAGGCCGGGACGGGGGAAAUUUGUAUGACAUUGCCGGAUGAUUCGGAUAUGAUUCGGUACUGGCAAGUGUAUCGGUCCUGCGCAUACCCAUUUUAUCCAGGACUUGUGACGCUAUCGCAAUUCGAAUCCGCACUGUUCGCAUUUUUAGACCAGCGAGCCAAUGCUUCUCGUGCCAAUGAGUCAUCUAGUUUGGAUGAUGUCGAUCCGUCGUGGUUGGCUUUAUUGUUCGCUGUAUUGGCGGGUGGAGUUCAAUUCUCGGAUGAUCCGAUUAAAGAGCGUGAUCUUCGAUCCAAGGUUUUCAUCUGCUCAUCGUUUCAGUGUCUACGCAUCUCAAAUUUCUUCAACAACACCAACAUGAACCAGAUCCAGGCCAUGGUGCUGAUUGGGCAUUGUUUGAGAAAUAAACUAGACACAAAUAGUGCAUGGAUUCUCAUGGGCGCGACUAUUCGUCUUGCACAGAGCAUCGGAUUACAUGAAGAGGAUGUAUCAUGCGAAUCCCCAAGCUCUUCGCUAGAUCACUACCACCGCAGAAGGCUCUGGUGGAUGCUCCUGUGGCAAGACACAUUCCUCUCAUUCACCUACGACCGCCCGCCCACCGCAUUAAACCACAGCAGCUCCAUCCCCCACAAUCCAGAAAAUACAUCAGGCUACUCAUUCGCGGAAUGUAUCUUCGCCCUCUGCCAAGUCCUCCUCGACCGUGCCCGACAACACGCCACAGACAACCACACCAGAACAACACUAACUUACAAACACCGCAUUAAAAUGAUAUGGAACGACGCAGCACCCUUCCUACUCGAUAAAUCCGCUUGCCGCACACUACAAGAUCAUCUCGAGCGCUUAGCACUUCGCAUUCACAUAAACUACGGGCUCUGCCGUUUAUCUCGUCUAAUCCUUGAAUCCGCAUCUAUACACUCAAACACCAUUACCACCACUACCACCAGCUCCCCGGCCACGAGCAUCGACAUCCUCACUCUAACAACAGAAACAAUUCACUAUGCCGCCGAAGCAGUACAAAGUUUCCUAGAUAUGCACCGCCUCUCAUCAAACGUAUGUCGGUCAUGGGCCUUCGUACACAACGCAGUGAGUUGUGCGUCUACGUUACGCAGCCUCGGUGCCACGGGGACUGGGGGUGAAUAUUCGGCUCUUAUGAGAGGGUUGAUCCGUGUUUUGGAGCGGGAGGAGCGGAUGUCGGAGUGGGAAGACGCGGAUAGGAAUAUAAGGUGUUUUGGGCCUUAUUCGAGGGCGUUGAGGGCGUUGAGUGAUUCUACUGAUGGGGGGAGUUUUGAAGGUGGUGUUGAGGGUUAGAUGCUGGAUAUGAGGGAUGGGUUGAGGGGAGGGGUGAUAGUGUAUUUGUUUCCUCGGGGGAGGAUGUUUGUUCCAAAAGUACCUCACUAUGUAGCAAACAAAGAACGAACCAUGGAGACCCACUGAGGCUCCAUCCCACGGUCAGAUUGGCUCGCUCGCUCUAGGAGCUCGACCGAUUCGCUGGCAUCCCGUCUACGAUCCCC